AUGGCGGCUAUCUUCGAACAGCCUCGAAACGGAACUCUUUUCCUCGGCGGCCAGAAGAUCUCUGGCGCCGACAUUCGAGAUCAGAAUGUUCUCGCUACACAAGCCAUCGCGAAUGUCAUCAAGAGUUCCUUCGGCCCCAGCGGUCUCGACAAGAUGAUGGUGGACGACAUCGGCGAUGUGACUGUCACAAACGAUGGCGCUACUAUUCUUAGUUUAUUAGAUGUAGAACAUCCCGCCGGCAAGAUCCUGGUCGACCUCGCCCAACAACAAGAUAAAGAAGUCGGUGACGGAACGACAUCCGUCGUCCUGAUUGCCGCUGAGCUCCUCCGCCGUGGAAACGAUCUGAUGAAGAACCGCAUACACCCCACGACUAUCAUUACGGGUUACCGACUUGCUCUCCGAGAGGCUGUCAAAUACAUGAACGAGAACGUCGCCAUCAAGGUCGAGCACCUCGGCCGCGAGUCCCUCCUCAACAUCGCCAAAACAUCAAUGUCCAGCAAGAUCAUCGGUGCCGAUUCGGAUUUCUUCGCGAAUAUGGUUGUCGACGCUAUCCAGGCCGUCAAGUCAACGAACAACCGAAACGAGACCAAGUACCCCGUCAAGGCCGUCAACAUCCUCAAGGCCCACGGCAAGGGCUCUCUUGAGUCUAUCCUCGUCAAGGGAUAUGCUCUCAACUGCACCGUUGCCUCCCAGGCAAUGACCACAAGAAUAACUGAUGCCAAGAUUGCCGUUCUCGACAUGAACCUUCAGAAGGAGAGGAUGAAGCUCGGAGUCAACAUCACCGUCGAUGACCCUCAACAACUAGAACAGAUUCGUGCCCGGGAAUCGGGUAUGAUUCUUGAGCGAGUGGAGCUUAUCCUCAAGGCCGGCGCCAACGUCAUUCUCACAACCAAGGGUAUUGAUGACCUUGUCCUGAAGCUGUUUGUGGAACGCGGUGCGAUGGCGGUGCGACGAUGCAAGAAGGAGGAUCUUCGAAGAAUCGCGAGGGCAACCGGCGCCACCCUGCUAAGCACCCUCUCCGACCUGAACGGCGAUGAGAGGUUUGAGCCUUCCUAUCUUGGCUACGCUGAGGAGGUUGUGCAGGAGAGGAUCUCGGACGACGAGUGCAUCCUAGUCAAGGGAACCAAGGCCCACUCCUCCGCCUCUAUCAUCCUCCGAGGUCCCAACGACUACUCUCUCGACGAGAUGGAGAGGUCGGUACACGACUCUCUCUGCGCCGUCAAGAGGACGCUCGAGAGCGGUACCAUUGUUCCCGGCGGUGGCGCAGUUGAGACGGAGCUCCACAUCUACCUCGAAGAGUUCGCUAGCACGGUAGGCUCCCGAGAACAGCUCGCCAUCGCCGAGUUCGCCCAGUCCCUCCUUGUCAUCCCCAAGACCCUAGCCGUCAACGCCGCCAAGGACGCCUCGGACCUCGUCGCUCAGCUGAGGAACAGGCACGCGCGGGCCCAGAGGAUUCAGGAGGGCGAUGCCAACGAGGACGAGAAGUCUCUAGCGCGCAGGAAGGCCUAUAAGAACUACGGACUUGACCUCACCAAGGGCAGGGUGGUGGAUGAGGUCAAGGCUGGCGUCCUCGAGCCCAGCGUGAGCAAGAUCAAGCAGCUAAAGAGCGCGGUGGAGGCUUGUAUUAGCAUUAUGAGGAUUGAUACCCUUAUUACGUUGGAUCCGGAGGUAAAGGAGGAUAGGGACGAUCAUGAUCAUUAG